AUGUCGGGACAAACACUCAACAAUCUCAUAGCGGCUGUAUUCCUUCGUGCAUCCGAUCCUCCAUCUGCAUCAAUGCCCAUACAAUUCGACGCACGAGCACCCGAGACUUCCACAUCUGCCUCUGUCGCUUCAUGCACCGAUCCAGCAGAGACGACGCUCUCGCUUCUCGCUCGAGCUCGACAGAUUUCUGACUCGAUCGGCGUCAUUUCCGCCAACGACGAAUUGCGCGACAUUUCCACUUCUUCGCUUCGAACGCUGUUUCUGGUUUCGCUCGAAUCUGAACUUCAUUCUGCCAUUCGAACCGGAACCGACCAUUCUGCACGCAAGCAGAGGCUUAGCUUGAGUCAGCAAGCCGCUGCUCGAUUUCUGAAUCGAACUUGGGCACUCGGCGUAGCACCGCCCAACACUAAACAACUGUUGGGAUGGACACUCGCCAAUGUACCCGCGGACGAGCUGAUGAGCAUCGGGCUAGAAUCGAGCUUCGGAACAUUGGGCACACCACCGCAUGCGAGAGAGGUUAAGAUUGCCGUGUUCAAACUGGAGCGUGCACUCAAGAGCAACUUGGAACACUUCCGAAAUGCGUAUCAGGCAAAGCAGAAGCUUGGACCAGAAGUCAAGGUGCCAGGCGAUGUGGUGUAUGAUUUGCUAUUGUAUCCUCGAUCGAGUUCAGAUGAUGACGAGGAUGACGAGGACGAAGAGGAGAGUGAGCGUUCAACCUCUACAAUCGCAUCGGUACGACAGUAUCUUCUGGCCAUGCUGAACGUGCACAUGCUUCGAACGGCACAGUGCAUUGCUUCUGCGAGUCAGGAACUCGAGCUUCUGCGAUCCAUGCCCGCUCUACCUCGCCCGACCUCGCGCGCUGCUGCCGACACGUCCGAAUCCGAGCAAUGGCGUCUGGACCGCUCCACCUCUCGUCUGCCCACUAGCGGCCCACUGAUGACCCCACAGGGAAAAGUGCUCCGACCGUUUACCAUCACCUCGGCCUCACGUGAAGAGGUGGCAUCCAACGUAUUCCAGCCUUCCUACCGCCUCCCUACCAUGUCGAUCGACGAGUACCUCGAAGAAGAACAACGCAGAGGCAACAUCAUCCAAGGCGGUGGUCAGGCUAGCUACGACGCUCCCACAUCCACCGAACAGCGCAAGCUCACGGCCGAAAACGACGGUUCCAAAGACGCUCAGCAGGCCGAGGAAGAACAGAGACAAAUCGACUUGCACUGGGACCAGUUCACAGAACACAACAAAAGGGGGGCCGGAAACACCAUGAACCGUGGCUGA